GUCAACUGUGCAAUGAGAUAUUAAAAAAAAAAAAAAAAAGUUCAAACUUCACGUAGGGUGAAGUGUUGCCAUGUCUUGGAAAGUGUUUUGUGUGUUGUGUGUGUGUGGGCUAGCCCGGACUCAGGUGAUCCCGGGGAAGUCCCGGACGAACGAGGGGGAUUACAAUACAGUGAAUACUGAUGGAUCCUUUGAUUUCGGAUACGCGAAUAAGGACCGGGGCAGCAGCUACCACCUAGCGCACGGUAACGCCAACAAGGUGGUGGGCGGGCGCUUCGGCGCUGUAGAUCCGGCGUCCGGGACCGUCAAGGAGACCGUCUACACCGCCGGGCCUAGAGGAUUUCGGGCGAAAGGUCCCAACGUGCAUCGCAAGAUGGACCUGGACCAGCGGCCGCGCGGGCCUAUAGGCAACAAGGACGACCCCUACUUCGACCCUAACGAGGACCCCAGCUACGCGUUCAAGUUUGAUACACGAACCUACUCCAAGAAUGAGAACGCUGACUCAAGGGGAGAUGUUAAAGGACACUACUCGUACGUAGACGACGUCGGGGAACGACACGACGUGUCAUACAUCGCAGGGCGCGACACCGGGUUCCACGUGUCAUCGGCUCAUCCGGAUAGCCCCAAUUUGAUCGGAUCGCCGUUCCAUAGAGCCCCGCUUGUAAGAGGAGAGACCAGGCCUAGAGGACGGACGGCGGUGCAACGAGGGCUGGAUGGAUCCUAUAGAUUUAUAUCAGCGGGCCCCGAUCAAAGGCGAACGGAGAGCAGCGAUUCGCAAGGCAAUGUCCGAGGCUCCUACACUUUUUUGGACGACAAAGGAGUGCAAAGGACAGUAAACUACAUAGCCGGUCCAGGCAUCGGUUACCGCAUAGUGAAGAGCAACAAGGACCCGUACAUCCCCGCCUACUUCCCCACCAUUCCGAGCGCCUACGACUCCGACUUCGUAAGCGCGGGAGCUACUGGAUUCUCACCAGACGACACUGGAGUCGGCGAUAUCUUCCAAGGUCCAGACGCUACAGCGGCUUCAGGCCACGUAAAGCCUUCGCCGUUCGAUAAAGACAAGCCUGGCAAACCCAGCAAAAAGCCCAUCAAGCCCACUAGACCCACUGGCUACACCGACGACGACGAUGUCACCGGAGAUGGCGAUUAUUCCCAGUCCUAUAAUGGGGAUGACGACAACCAAGCCCCCUUUGACAAAGGCAGCGACGACGGUUCUUACACCCAAGACGGGAGUAACCAAGGCAGUGGCAACAAGGGCCCAUACAACCAAGGCAGUGGGAGCAAAGGCCCUUUUAACCAAGGAAGCGGCUCAGGCAGUCAAGGCUCUUACAACCAAGGAGGCAGCAGCAAACCUCCUUUUAACCAAGGAAGUAAUCAAGGUUCAGGAGGCAGUGGCGGAGGCCAAAGCGGCAGCGGCGAAGACUACGGCUUCGAUGGGUUCGGGGACAAGCCCACCAAAGGAACAGGCAAACCGGGGCGGCCAACGAGCAAGCCUUAUAAACCGACGAAGAAACCUUAUGUGCCACUAAAACCUUUCCAGCCGACGAACGAUAGCGACAGGGACGAUUACGACGCCGGGAAAGGCGAUAAAGACGGUCCGCUGUACGGUAUAGGAUUCAAUAUCCACCACACUAAACCGGGGACCACCAUAAUUAGGAACAUAGGGCAGGACUACUUCGGAGUCCCGCCGGGAGUGUCGGUCCGCGCGCACGUACAGAGCAUCGACUUGUACCCGUACGAAUCCAAACCCAUCUCGCCGUCCGAAGCUAUAGAAAAAGACAAGACGUAAAACUAUUUGAUAAAUUAUUGUCUACUAAUAUAAAUUAUUGUUACAACUGGCUAUUCGAACAUUUCGAAGACAACAUUUGUAUUAAACACACAUGUAUAAAAAAUCACCUCGUACUUAGUUAAUAAAGAUUUCAAACCUU